UCGUUUGAAACGUCGACCCGGUUCGAAGACGCCUCCCUGCGCUCGUAUAAAAACUGAAAAAAGCUACCCGACGCGGCAGCUCCCCGAUCAUCUUCCCCCCUCGUCUCCUCCGGAGCUGAAACCCUAGAUCGUCACCAACCCUAGAUCCAGUACCGAGCCCCGCCAUGGAUGAUCCAUGGCGAUUCCACGGCAACCUCUGCCCCGUGUGCUCCAGCUCCCACUUUCCCUUCUGCCAACCUCCCCCUCCCUUCCCCGGCGAGUAUCACCGCCGCUUCCCUCCUCCGCCGCUUCCCUACGAGCCUCCGCCUCCGCUUCCGCCUCCGCAGUCGUUCUGGGGCCGUGCGCCGGGCCCUCCGGCGCCGUUCCCGCCGCCUCCGCCUCCGCCGACGCCGGGGUUCCCUCCUCCGCCGUGGUUUGGCCACGAGGACUUCUCGGAGAGGGAGAGGUUUCAGAAGAGGAUGCGGGUGGGAGAGCAUCAUCCUUCAGGUAACUUGCCACCUCCGCCGACUCUUCCUUAUAACCCUUGCGACAUUCCCCUGCCGCCGCAGCCGAAUCAGGUCUCGGUGGAUGAUGAGCGGAGGCUGAAUCUGAUCCGAGAUCAUGGGCGGCAGAGUUUCAGUGAAGCUCCACAGAACAGCUACCCGAGUGUUGGAUCUGGUCACAGCUUCUGCGACUCGGGAUUCGGUCAUGCUUCUGAGUCGGCCCCUGACUACCAGAAUCAGCAUAUGCAACGGACUAUGUACAAAGAGUGUGGGAAUUCCGAAAGAUCGACUGAUCCCCAAAAUGUUGUUGGGUUUACUCCUCGAGAGAGAAACGAGCCCGGAGGAGAUGGUGCCUAUGUUCAACCAAUCGGAGAAUCCUGGCAGCAGGUUUCGUAUCCCAAUCCUGAUUAUGCAUCAGGAGGACCUCAUGAGAAGUAUUACGCACAUGAUCACCACAGAUUUCAUCUAAGUGAGAAUUCCUAUAUGUUGCCACAUCAAUCUCCAUAUGCUGCCAAAGGUAGUAAUCAGAUUGCAGCACAUUUAAUAAAUCAUGACGAACGAAGAUCAUAUGCGGCAUAUUUGAUGCAUGACCCAGCAAAAGAUGAAUUUGAGCUCCAUAGCCAAAAUGCACGGCAAUCUGCUACUCAUGAUUUAGCAAGUGAGAAAUCUAGCGCUGGAGCCACCGGCCAUAAUGCAGUUGAAGGGCUUCAGCAAUCUUAUACUUCCAUGCCUCCGCCACCUAUUGCAGCAGCACAUUAUCGGGGUUAUCAGUCAGAUUUCCACAUGGCAUCAUCAGCUCCAACAGCGGCUCCCGCACUAUUCCCUGUUUUAUCGAGUGCUUCAGCCACCGUUUCGCUUCCACCUAAUGGUCGCACCUUGCCUGAAACACACCCUUUGCCACAAGCGAACUGUUAUAACAUGCUGCCUGCUCGUAAUUCAUCCCAAUUUAUUUCCGAGGGAUUGACGUUCGCCUCUCAAGCCCCUUCAGAUCUGCAUAUGGGAAAUGGUCUAGGGUACCCCUCAAAGAAUUCACUUAAGAAUAAAGUUACAGUUGUCAGUGCUUCUCACUUGUUCAAGCAACCACAUCGUGCCUCUCGUCCUGAUCAUAUUGUUAUCAUCCUUCGAGGGCUUCCAGGUAGUGGAAAAAGCUAUCUCGCAAAAGCAUUGCGUGAUCUUGAAGUGGAAAUUGGUGGGAAUGCACCUAGAAUUCAUGCAAUGGAUGAUUAUUUCAUGAUUGAAGUUGAAAAGGUUGAAGACAAUGAUGGGAAUAAAUCUUCUAGCUCAUUCAGAGGCAAGAAGCAGUCGACUAAGAAAGCAAUUGAGUACUGUUAUGAACCUGAGAUGGAGGAGACAUACAGGGCAAGCAUGUUGAAGGCAUUCAAGAAGACCCUUGAUGAGGGGAUUUUUACAUUUGUUAUCGUGGAUGACCGCAAUCUGCGGGUAGCUGAUUUUGCUCAAUUUUGGGCAAUUGGAAAGAGAGCAGGCUAUGAGGUGUACUUGCUUGAAGCCCCGUACAAGGAUCCAAUGGGCUGUGCUGCGAGGAACGUGCAUGGUUUCACAUUAGAAGAUGUAGAGAGGAUGGCAGAAUCUUGGGAAGACUCUCCACCGCUGUACCUGAAGCUAGACAUUCAGUCGUUGUUCCAUGGGGAUGAUCUGAAUGAACAGUCUAUACAAGAGGUGGAAAUGGAAGCAGAUGAUGCUGACUAUGCUGAUGGCACACAAAAUGUGCCUGAUAAGGAGGAUAGUGAGCAUGCCAAACCAAAAUCAUCAGAUUAUGAACCUCAUAGUGCUGGUGAGAGAUGGAAUACUGAAGAAGAGGAAGAGCUGACUGAAGUGAAAGAGAUAGGGAGAAGUAAAUGGUCGAAGGAUUUAGAAGAGGAUGCUGAAAACUCAGAUGGUGGUGAGGAAAAUACAAAUGUGCUUUCUGGUAUACUCCAAGCAUAUGGCACAAAUGAAAAAUCUGUACACUGGAGUGAUCAGGUCAAUAGGAGUGGGUUCUCCAUAGGUGCUUCUAAGAAACGAGGUACAUCAUCAUUGAUCAUUGGCCCAGGACCUGGAUACAAUUUGGACUCGAAUCCACUGGUUGAAAAAGAGGAUGCUCCAGGGGCAAAGGGGGGGACAAACACGGAGACAAAGAGGCGAUUCAGUGAGCAACUCCGCGCUGAACGAGAGUCCUUUAGAGCAGCUUUUGAUAGAAGGCGGCAUCGUAUUGGUGGGCUAAACAAUAAUAUUGAGGACGAAUAGUGCAUCUUCUGGUGAUUAUUGUUGUUUAGGAGCUCCCUUUCUGGGUUAUUUCUCCCAUUACUUUUACAGUGGCAGAAGCAGGGCGAAACCCAUCACGGGUAUGCAUAUGCAGAAACUGCGUCCAUCUAGGGGGAUAUUGGCCAUCUUUAUAGUGCUGAUGUUGUAUUCUAUUGUCAUAAGCAAAGAUAAACCAGCGCCAUUCUUCAGGGUGUUACAGCCAUUGGCUUUUUUUUUUU